GUUAUGGCUGAGGACUUUGUGAAGAGAAGAGGAGAAAAGACGACAACUCGGAUUAUUUGAUUGGAAUUAUGCGUUUUUGGUGCGUUUGAUUGCGCACUGCGUUUAUGAACUGUGCUUUUUACGCAGCAGCUGUGAUGAGCUCCUAAUCGAGAAGGCUUUCAAACUGCCAAGAUGUCUCACGCACAGGUUGAGAUACCAGGACGCGGUUUCCCUGGCCUCCCUAUGAAUAUGACCGAAGACUGUUUAUCCCGGGUCCCAUCCGUGUUAAGGACGCACGGUUUGGGUGCGCGGAGGAACUCUUACGGGCUGCAGAAAAUAAGCAUGGACCUCGACUCGCCCCUGUACAGCGGCGCCCUCUCCAAAGCCUUGUCCUGGUCUGCUGAGAAUAUUUUAUCUUUGCAUGAGUCCAGAGCAGAGGAUGAGAAAACCGACGACUCUCCAGCGUCGCCGUCUCCUGUUUCCAGCCCGGGCACCAGCUCCAACACGCCCCCCUGCAGCCAGGAGCCAGACGCCGUCUCCCUCGGUGGGAACUGGGACCCCGUGGAGAGAUCCAGCGCUCAGGACGUCAGCUCGGAGUCUGAAAAUGAACUUCAGAACAAGCAGAACAAAAUCGUGUCUCGCAUCACGUUUGAUGCCCAGUGGGAGCAGGAGGAGAAGGAGGACGUGGAGACCAAAGCGGUGGCGACGUCUCCUGAUGGAAGAUACCUGAAAUUCAACAUAGAGAUUGGACGGGGGUCUUUCAAGACGGUCUAUAAAGGACUGGACACAGAGACGACAGUGGAGGUGGCAUGGUGUGAGCUACAG